GGCACAAAAAUAAAAGCAACCACAAAUUCGCUGACUGAUCUGAAAAUCAAUACUACCUUGGUCAGAAGGAGAUUUACGCCGUAAGCCUGGGCACGCCCGUCUUUAUCAGGAUCAGCGAUACAUCGUUCCCAACCAUGAGUCAAUCCUCAACCUUCUUGACUGUUUAAUAAUUCUCAAUUCCAUAAUUGCGACGCGAAGCAGCCGCAACAGCUGUCGCUGUCGACCAUUGCAUGAUGUCGCCCAUUCAGAAUCAUUCUACCGAGGCCGACCCCUCCCGCCCUAGUCUGGAAGACGCUAUCAUCAACCCUGGAGCUGUGAAAAUCAACGUGCAGGGCGCUUAUAUUGUGGAUGACCAACCUCCAACACCAGAGAGUCCAGCGGAAGAAGAUGGGGUAGUGUAUGAGCGCAAGGAUAUCCGACUUCCUCACCAUACCAGUGUUGUGAGCCAUGUCGCAGUUGAUAUAGGAGGAUCAUUAGCGAAAUUAGUUUAUUUCACUAGAGAACUAUCGUCACAUUCCGAAGGCGGCCGAUUAAAUUUCAUCAAAUUCGAGACGGAACGGAUAGACCGAUGCAUCGACUUUAUAAAACAGCUGAAGGAGGACCAUGAGAGACUUAAUGGCGCUGCGCCUGGCGAGUUGUGUGUUGUUGCGACUGGCGGAGGCGCUUACAAGUACUAUGACAAGUUGAAAGAGACGCUAAAAGUGGACAUUUCACAAGAAGAUGAGAUGGACUGCUUGAUCACGGGUCUUAAUUUUUUCAUUACCGAGAUACCCCACGAAGUUUUUAGUUAUAGCGAAACCGAACCUAUGAAAUUCGCGGAACCAAAUACGAGUGUUUACCCAUAUCUACUUGUCAAUAUCGGCUCAGGCGUCUCGAUGAUAAAAGUGUCCGGCCCCAAAGAAUUCCAGCGUGUUGGAGGUACCCAUCUUGGCGGAGGAACUUUCUGGGGUCUAAUGGCGCUUUUGACUGGUGCUACCUCAUUUGAUGAUAUGCUGGCAAUGGCCGAUAGAGGUGAUAACAGCAGCGUCGACAUGUUGGUGGGCGAUAUUUACGGAAUGGACUAUAAUAAAAUCGGCCUGAAGAGUACGGCGAUUGCCAGCACGUUCGGCAAAGUCUUGAAACUGAAACGAAGUGCUGAGCAGCGGGCUGAAGACGGCUCCGAUCUUGGAGAAGACCCGGAGGAUACCCCGCCAGUACAAUUCAGACAUGAAGAUAUGAGUCGAAGUCUUUUGUUUGCAAUCAGUAACAAUAUCGGCCAAAUCGCAUAUCUACAAUCCGAGAAACACCAGCUGAAACAUAUCUACUUCGGCGGUUCAUUCAUUCGUGGUCACCUCCAGACCAUGAACACGCUAUCAUAUGCUAUCAAAUUCUGGUCCAAAGGCGAGAAACAAGCCUACUUCUUACGGCAUGAGGGAUAUCUCGGAGCAGUCGGCGCAUUCCUGAAGCGGCAGCCACACAAUUGGGGGCGUCGAAACAGCGUUGACGAAGCAUCAGCGGCUACGCAAUUUCGCGAGAACCUUGCCCAGGAAAUAAAGCAAACUCGACAAACAGAGCAGGAGAAGCAGUACCGAUGAAUGAGGAGUUCUGAAAACGAUUGAGUGACGAAAGAAACAUCGUUUUAACUGUAUUAUCCUCCACUGGAGCCGAGACAUGUCCUUUUUCGACCUACAUCUCCCCAAAUCUGUUGGGAUUUGGAAGUUACGUUACUUUCAUUGGGCAUUUACAUCCGAUACACGGACCAACCUCGCUGAAGAUGUGUGCUCUCGGAAUGACGACCGGCCAUUAUGCAUUUUUGUUUCCUUGUACAUUUACAGCAUAGACUCAUAGAAAGAACAUCCACGAUCACCGUAACUCUUUUAAGAGUCUCACAAUAAUAGAA